UGUCCGUCAACGGAUGAAUGGGUAAAUAAAUUGUGGUAUAUUCACACAAUGGAAUACUACGCAUCGAUAAAGAACCGUGACGAAUCUCUGAAACAUUUCAUAACAUGGAGGAAUCUGGAAGGCAUUAUGCUGAGCGAAAUGAGUCAGUUGCAAAAGGACAAAUAUUGUAUAAGACCACUAUUAUAAGAUCUUGAGAAAUAGAAAAAACGGAGAAGAACACAUACUUAUGUGGUUACAAAGGGGGGAGGGAGGGAGGGAGGGAGAGGGCUUUUAUUGAUCAAUCUGUAGAUAAGAACUGCUUUGGGUGAAGGGAAGGACAACACUCAAUACAAGGAAGGUCAGCCUAAUUGGACUGGAUUAAAAGCAAAGAGGUUUCCGGGAUAAAAUGAAAGCUUCAAAGGUCAGCGGAGCAGGGGCUGGGGUCUGGGGAACUUGGAUUGAGGGGACUUCUAAGUCAAUGGGCAAAAUAAUUCUAUUAUGAAAACACUCUGCAUCCCACUUUGAAUUGUGGCGCCUGGGGUCCUAAAUGCCAACAAGCGGCCAUCUAAGAUACAUCAGUUGGUCUCAACCCACCUGGAGCAAAGGCAAAGGAAGAACACCAAGGUCACACGACAACUAAGAACCCAAGAGACAGAAAGGACCACGUGAACCAGAGACCUACAUUAUCCUGAGACCAGAAGAACUAGUUGGUGCCUGGCCACAAUCGAUGUCUGCCCUGUCAGGGAGCACAACAGACAACUCCUGAGGGAGCAGGAGACCAAUGGGAUACAGACCCCAAAUUCUCAUUAAAAGACCACACCUAAUGGUAUGAUUGCGACGAGAGGAGUCCCGGAGACAAUGCUCCCAAGAACUUCUGAUGCCACAGGACAGGAACCAUCCCCGAAGACAAAUCAUCAGGCAUGAAAAGGACUGGUCAGUGGCGGGGAGAGAGAUACUGAUGAAGAGCGAGCUAAUUAAAUCAGGUGGACACGGGAGAGAGAGUAGGCAACUCUUGACUGGAGGGGGGAUGGGAAGAUAGAGAGAGAGGGAAGAUGGCAAAAUUGGCACGAAACAAGAGACUGUGGGGGCUGACUCAAUAGGGGGAGAGCAAGUGGGAGAAGGGAGUAAGAUGUAUGUAAACCUACAUGUGACAGACUGGAGUGGUAAAUGUUCACUUGAAGCUUAAUAAAAAAUAAAAAAAUAUAUAUUGAAUUCAUUAAAGCCUUUUAAGUGAAUAUUCACAUGGAACACCAUCUUCGUCUAUUAAAUAAUGGUUGUCUUUUUUUUUUUCUAGCUAAAUCUACUGAGAGUAUAGAUAAACCUGCAUACUGUUGCCUAGCCAGUGAUAUUGUGAUUUCUCACAACUCCAUUAAAAAUCAAGAGCCAAAAUAUCAACCCACAUUCCACGAAUGUGAAGAAAAAUGUGUAUCAAAAUUAUAGGGACACAACAAGAAAAAAGCUGAUUAUGAAACCCUAAAAAGGGAGUAACAACUCUAUCUAUAGUGAUCACAGUCAGAAGUUAUCACAGAGAAUAGCUUAAAAUAUGCUCCAUGAAAAUACAUAGAAUAAAGAUUAAGGAUCAAGGGAUAUUCAAUGCCAGUUAGAAAGUAACAAUGCUACGUAUUCGCAUUUUACUAUAAUGCAAAUUGAAUCAGAGUUUCUAACGUCAUUGGUAAGAUAGAGAUGCUUUCGGUUGUACUCAAAGAAGACUGCAAUGCUAUUAGAGAAGUAUGGUAUAUCCAUGUCUGCAAGGUAUGUGACUUGGAGGUGAGAGAAACAGGUAGAGAGAGGUAAAUGGCUUGCAGCUGGUCUCCUAGGGGCUGGGAACCAGCUACCCUGAAUUCUACCUUCUAUUUUCUUAGUCUUUAAAGAUUUGCAGUGUCCUGGGAUCAGAAUGACAGUAGAAGUAUUUGGUUAAUGAGGAACUUUGGAUAUUGAGCCCCCAGGGACACAGAGGCUACAAAUAGUCUACCUGUAACCACCUCACUCACUUUAAUAGCCAAAUAAUAUGCAUGCAGAUAUGACCAUUUUGUAUUCCUCUCCCAUCGAGAAGCAGUACUCCACCCACAGAUGAUCCUCUUGCCGGGAAGCCUGGUGCCUCACUUGCCCUCUGCCUUUUCUAAGGAAAGCUCUUCCAUCUACAUCAUCCAACAUCCAGGACAGAUGUCAAGCAUCAUUCCUUAGUGAUGCCGGCCAGGUAACCUAAAUGCCUUAGUUAAUGCUUGGAAAUGAGGACAGGUGUUUUAAUAUAGGUUCAUCCAGGGGAAUGAUGCAUGCGAAGAUAGUAUGAGCAUGAAAUGAUUGGAAUCAAGUCACCCUUGAACUUCUGCCUGUCUCCCAUCUCCCUGACAUGUUUCCUUGUAUCUUUGAACCGAUAGCAAGGAGUUGUCAUUCUGCUAGUGUCCUCUCUCUCCACAAUGGCAAGGAUCAUUUUCCUCCUGAAUAGAAGCUUGCCCUUUCUCAAGCAGGAUGACUGUUUUAAAAUUCUGACAUUUAUAACAUUCUUGUGGUGGUGAAGAGGGUUUAUCAAUAUCACCUUAUCUUCCCAUUCCUGCUUUUUAACACACAUUUGUAUUACAGGUUUUCCCUGCUAUCCGAAAGUAGAGUAUUCCUACGAAUCCUUUCAUAAGCCAAAAUGGCACAAAGUGAAGAAGCAAUUACCAUUAAUUUAUACGGGAAAAAUUUUUGAAGAUUCCAAGACUCAAAACAUAACCCACUAAGUCACACCAAAUAACACGUAUAACCUAAAAUAAUGCUAACAUAUAAAGUUGAUAUGCACAGUUCAAAGCUGUUGCAGUUUAAUGCCAAGUGUGCUUUUCAAAGAAGGAGCUUUGGGACAGACUCUCAUCACUAGGAGCUGUGCAAUGCCUCCUUAAAGGCUCACUGCAAAACACUGAACGCUAGUUUCGAUUUUCACGUUUUUCUGCAAAAGUGAAAUCCAACUUAAAUGUCUUUCGGUUAGCGAAGAAAACAAUUACUGAUGUGGGUAUUUUGUAAAAGCAAAGUGCAAAAAAGUGAACUUUUCAAAAGCAGGGGAUGCCUGCAUUUCUGUUGCCCCGUUCUAAUUUCUGAGGAAAGCACUGGAAUCCGAGACAGUCUCACCAGGCUGCCUCCAGAGUCUAUUUUUCUCAACAAAAUUACCAAGUAUUUAAAAUGACAAAGAGAGCACAAGAAGUGUAAUUUAAAAAAAAAAUGAGCACCCUCUCACCCUUUCCAAAAUAAAUAAAUGUUGAUGCUCUGCUCUAUCGGCUGCUGCAUUUUUACAAAAUAACCAAAUAAAAUGCAUGCAGACGGUACCACCUUUGUAUUAUUCCCUUCCAUUCCUCUCAUUCUCAUCCCAAGAUGCUGCUUGCUGACCUUUGAAUGCAAUUACCUCAUCUUUUCCUUCAGAUUCAUCAGCAAUAUGGGACCUAGAAACCAAACAGGUGUUUCAGAGUUUAUUCUCCUGGCACUGACAGAGGAUCCGGAACUGCGGUCCCUCCUCUUUAUCCUGUUUCUGUCCAUAUAUCUGCUCACAGUCCUGGGAAACCUGCUCAUCAUCCUGGCUGUCAGCUCUGACUCUCAACUUCACAACCCCAUGUACUUUUUUCUUUCCAAUCUCUCGUUUACUGACAUCUGUUUCAGCACCACCACGAUCCCAAAGAUGCUGGUGAACCUCCAAGGACAGAAUCAGAGCAUCACUUAUGCAGGAUGCCUCACCCAGGUCUGCUUUGUGCUGGUUUUUGGUAGUUUGGAAAGUUUUCUCCUUUCAGUAAUGGCCUAUGACCGCUAUGUGGCCAUUUGUCACCCACUGAGAUACACAGCUAUCAUAAAUCCCCGCCUCUGUGGCCUGCUGACUCUAGUCUCCUUGCUCAUUAGCAUUUCAGAUGCCCUGUUCCUCAGUCUGAUGUUGUUGCGAUUACCCUUCUGCACAGAUCUGGAAAUUCCUUACUUCUUCUGUGAAUUUGUUCAGGUCAUCAAAGUUGCCUGUUUUGAAGCCCUCAUCAAUAACAUCAUCUUAUAUUUUGCAGCUAGCAUACUGGGUGCUCUUCCUUUCUCUGGAAUCAUUUUCUCUUAUACUCAAAUUGUCUCUUCCAUUUUGAGAAUACCUUCAGCAGGUGGAAAGUAUAAAGCUUUUUCUACCUGUGGGUCUCACCUUUCAGUUGUUUCCUUAUUCUACGUGUCAGCUUUUGGCACAACAUUUACACACUCUUCUAGAAAGACUGCAGUAGCUUCAAUGCUGUACACUGUAGUUACUCCCAUGAUGAACCCCUUCAUCUACAGCCUGAGAAACAGGGACAUAAAGGGAGCCUUGGGGAACAUUAUCAGGUGCACACCUGCUUUUCAGUGAUUGUAUUAUCUACUUUGGGUUAGAUUUCUAGAUUGAAUCAAAGUGAUAGAGUCAUAGAAGGCUGCAACACACUCAGCUAUCAUAUUCGGACAUCGUGCUUGGAGACACAAAACUGACUGUCCGAGGACCUGUUGUUAAUAGAUCUUUCCAUAGAAUCAUACAAAAGACAUCUCCUCCCAUUUUAUCACUGAGAAAAACAUCACAUAUCCCUUUCUAAUGAAAGUUUUGUUUGGGGAAAAGAAUUACUAUGAGAGCUUUAGACUGACUAUGUAAAGAAUAUUUUCUGUUGGGAAGUUAAUUCCUAUAACCACUAAAAGCACUUAAUCCAAUGCCUGGCACAGGAUACUCAAUAAAAUUUAGGUAAGACCAUUGUGUUCUGCAUGUUGCUGUAAUUUAUACAGCGUAUUAUUCCUUGUUCUCAUGUAUUUUACACUUUCUUCAGCAGUUUUAUUGGUUUACCAUUAUUCUAAUAUCUAUUAGCACAUUUUACUCAUCUUAGUGAUUAAAUCAAAUGAAUGAAUAAUUGUUGAGUAGGCAGGGUAGAGUUGGUAGUCUUUUUUGGAAUCACAUUUGCUUUGAUCCUUAAAAAACCAAAAACAAAAAAUACUGAUGAGAGUGUACAUGAGAUUUUCCUUUUCUCAUUAGUCACCUUAUGUUGCAGUUUUUCUUUCUCAACUCUGGUGAGUCCACACAGAGGCUGGUUAAAAUUAAUUUAAUCAUUAAAGUCUUAGCGGGUUGUCUGCACUCUUAGGGAUCUCAUGCAAAACUUUGUAAUGUUUUCUUAUGAAGAAAACAAUUUUUCUACAGACAUGGACUUUAUUUCAAGGAAGAAAUGUAGAGUGUAAAAUGAAAUGGGACCAAAGGCUAGUUGGCAAACUUAAGAAGAUUAGUUUCCCCACAAUCACAAAGAAGCAGAGCCCUCAGUCAGAAUCAUCUCUGUGGUGUCAGGGUGACAACAGGACAGAUCUUGUAGAAGAAUUAAUGCAGUGCCUGGAGAUCCUUCUGUUCUGGUCAUCAUUAAUGGUGGCUGUGGGAUUGUGUUCAGCACUAAACCAGGAGGUCAGCUCCUCACCAGGUGUAUUCUAGUGCAAAGCUGUCUCCAUGUACGUUCGUAAAGCACUUGCAAAGAUGAGUCACCUGAGACCUUGUUUGUAGUGUUGUUUUCCAUACCUCACCCAAGAUCUACUGACUUCAAUAUCUGGGGAGACAUUUGAAGGAUGAACAUACUAAAUAAUUCCUUCUUUGAGAUUUUGAUGCAUGCUGAAGUUUGAGAAGAAUGACUUUAAUAUUAGAAGAUGAAAGAAUGGAUUUAGAAUCUAGAAUAUGAAAGAAUCUGGGAAGUGAAAUCUUUUCAAUUUUACUUAUUAAAAUAUCACAUGCAAAGUACUGUGUGAAAUGUAUCAGUAGUUCUUAAAGAAUAGUAAUACAAUGAGAACUCAUAUACCCAUGUCCCAGGUUAUGAAAUAAAGUAAUGACAUCACCAUAUAAUCCAAUGAAUACUCUCCCUGUACCCUCCCAGUGGCAAAAACUAUCCUGAAUUCUAUAUUUAUCUUUUUCUCUUAAGUUCUGUUUUGUUGAAUCUUAUUGUUACGGAUUUAAUUUUUAAAAAAAUGCCUCCUAAAAAGAUAGGUUGAAGUCCUAACCCCUUUAAGUGUGACUUCAUUUGGAAAUAAUACCUUUGAAGAUGUUAUUUGUUAAGAUGAGGUCACACUGGAGUACGUUUGAACAGAGCAAGAGGAUAUUGAGUGAUAUAAAGUCAGGAAAGUUGUGUGUCAGGGUUGUAUCUUUCACCAUACUUAUUCAAUCUGUAUGCUGAGCAAAUAAUCCAAGAAGCUGGACUAUAGGAAGAAAAAGAUGACCUCAGGAUUGGAGGAAGGCUCAUUAAGAGCCUGUGCUAUGCAGAUGACACAACCUUGCUUGCAGAAACUGAAGAGGACUUGAAGUAUUUAUAUGCAUACAUAUAUAUGUACAUACAUACAUAUAUGUAUGUACAUAUGUAUGUAUGUAUUGUAUACCAUCCUAGUGGGAAUGAAGUGGUAUCUGUUUGUUGUUUUUAAUUUUUUUUAUUGUGGUAAAAUAUAUAUAACAGAAGUAUGCCAUUUAAUCUUCUUAAGUUGUAAAAUUCAUGACAUUAAUUACAUGCAUUAUGUUGUACUAACAUCAUUAAUCAUUUCCAAAAGAUUUGCAUUACCCAAAAGAGAAACUCAGUACACCUUCAGCAAUAACUCUCAGCUCCAUUUCCUCCCAUCUACUGGUAACCACUAAUAGACUUUGCUUCCUAGGCAUUUGUAUGACUAGGUGUUUUAUAUAAGUGGGAUAUAAGGAGCCCUAGUAGAUCAUAAGAAACCCUGGUGGCUUAGUGAUUAAGAGCUACAGCUGCUAAGGAAUAGUUCAGCAGUUUGAAUUCCACCAGGUGAUCCUUGAAACUCUAUGGGGCAGUUAUACUCUGCACUAUAGGAAGGAUCACUAUGAGUUGGAAUUCACUUGACCAUAAGCGGUUUGAUUUUCUUUUUGUGGUGGAUCAUAAAAUAUUUAUCCGUUUGUGCCUGACUUAUUUCAUUCAGCAUAAAGAUUUCAAGCUUCAUCUAUGUUUCAGUAUGUAUCAAGACUUCAUUUCUCUUUAUGACUAAAUAAUAUUCCAUUGUAUGAAUAUACAAAAUUUUGUUUAUCCAUUCUUCCGUUGACUGUGCAAAGGCAGUAGACUGAGUAGAUCAUAACAAAUUAUGGAUAACAUUGGGAAGACUGAGAAUUUUGGAACACUUAAUUGUGCUCAUGAGAAACCUGUACUUAGAUCAAGAGGCAAUCAUUCGAACAGAACAGGGGGAUGCUUUGUGGUUUGUAGACAAGAAAGGUGUGCAUCAGGGUUGCAUCCUUUCACCGUACCUAUUCAAUCUGUAUGCCGAGCAAAUAAUCCAAGAAGCUGGACUGUAUGAGGAAGAACUGGGCAUCAGGAUUGGUGGAAGACUCACAAACAACCUGGUACUUUUGGGGGAAGAGGGAUGUCUUUGAAUAUACAAUCAAAUUACAUAAGUGUUCUGUGUCCACGUGUGCAUGGUACUUACAAUGGAUGUGAGCAGAAAGACUUGGAGGAAAGUGGAUGACAUAUCCUUGGGGUAGGAAUCAGCCAGUGCUAAACUCUUUCUCUGAGCCUUGCUUCUUAACAAUUUUCUCUGCCCUGAGAUCAGAAUGACAACAAAAGACUUUGACUAAUAAGGAGCUUUGGAUAUUGAAACCUCAAGGGCCACGGAGACUACAAAUAGUCUGUCUAUAACCACACACUCAACAGCCUUGCCCAGGUCAGUAAGCAGCACAACUAAGAAGAAAAGACCUGGUCUUUAUGUUUUUUCUGUGCUCCCUGAGUACAGCACUUUCAUUUUUAUAAUUCAGUGUCCAAGGAGAACUUAAUGUCACUUCUUAGUGCUAGCACCUAGGUAAUCUGAAGUUCCCUAACUUAUGUUUUGCAAAUAGGGAGAGAUCUUUGUCUAACAGUCCAUCUGGGGGCAGCUGUGAAGUAGAUACUUGCAGAAGAUGAGCAGAAUGGAGUCAUGUGUGAGAUUCCUGCCUAAUUGUCGAUCCUUUUGACAUGUUUCCUUGUACCUUUACACCAAUACUUGCACAACUGCCAUUCUGCUGAUAUCCUACUCUGACCCUAAAAUGCCGGGGACUUUUCCCAUCGCAAGACAAACUUGUCCUUGCUCAAUUUUGAUGAAUGUUCUAGAUUUUUCCCCCCCAAAAUUAAUAUUGUUUUGAGAGAGCAGGGGUGUAUGGUGAUCUCUUCUUACAUUUCUAUAUAUGAUUCUUAAUACUGCUUUGUAGGGAAGAUCAUUGGUCUUCAUUCUGUUAUCUGUUUAUAAGAACUCUGUGGGAGGAGGCAGAAAAUUAGACAGAACCUGCAGGCUAAAUCAGCCAUUUACCUGUUUCCUUUCAUUGAUCAAUGAACUUUUCUAACAGGCACAACAGCACAGAAGAACAGGAGAAAUACCCAUGUAUUUAUGUUUCUAGAAUUAAUAAAUUGUGAUAUUUUGCCAUAACAACUAUCUUCUGAAAUUAACACAAUAAUAUGCAUAAAGAUGACGUGCUCUUUUUAUUCCUGUCCAUUCCCCUCCUUUGUUUCUCAGAGGCAACUAUAGUCUUGAAUUUGGUAAGCCUCUAGUUUUGUUUUUUUUUUUUCUAGGCAUUAGGGUAUUCAAUCAUUAAAAUUUGAAGAAGGAGGUAGUGGAGGAGAGAGGAGGACUGAGAGAAAAAGAGUGAAAGAGGAAGGAAAAAAGGAAGAGGAGGAAAAAGGAAAUAGAGUGAGCAUAGAGAAGGAUUUGUAAUAUCUAUUUUUUUUCACAGUAUAGAUGUGAGACUUCCUCUAAAAUGACGGAUCCUUGUAUAUCUAUUACGCGUCUCGUCACAUCUAUUUUUUCCAUCAGACUCAUCAACAACAUGGAAUCAGAAAACAAAACAUGUGAAAACCAAGCAGGAUUCCUCCCUCUCAUCCUCUCAGAGAAUCCAGCACUGCAGCCCCUCCUCUUUAGGCUGUUCCCUUCCAUGUGCCUAGUCAAUGAUCUCAGGAACCUGAUCUUCAUCCUGGACUUCAAGUUGAAUCCUACCUCUGCUCUGUAGUAGCUGUCUGACCUUUGACAAUUUGCUUCAAGCUCAGUUUCAACAUCUAUAAAGUUGGCAUAAUUAUAUUAGUUCAUGUGUUGGGUAAUGUUGGAGAUGCCUCAACUUUAUAAGUGAUACAAACAGGGUCAAGCAUUAAAAACAAUUAUCACUCCUAGCAAAGGUUUCAGAGAUAGGGAAGUCCAGGUACGCAGCUAUAAUAUUGCAUUUUCAUUCUUCAUAUGUUGGUUCCUCCCUAAGGCUGUUCUCCUUAUGGUCACCAAAGGUUGCAGCAGUACAAAGAUCAUUUCAGAAACAACAAUAGGAACAGAAACCUGACUGCCUCUAUUUGGUCUCUUUGUGAUGGAGAGAUAGUCUUCCCAAGGAAUUAUUUAGAAGACAGCCCAUAUUAUCAGCCUGGUAUGGUACCUAUGCCCCUCCCAAAUCUAAUUACUUUUAAGAGAAAUUUCAUUACCUUGGGAGGCUUAGACUAAUUCCUUUAUUAGGAAAGUCUGAUGUGGAGUCAAGCACCAUAGUGACUACAAAUGCAUACUUUAAUAUCAAUUCGUAUUACUGUGGUGGCUUGUAUGUUGCUGUAAUGCUGGAAGCUAUACCACUACUAUUUCAAACAUCAGCAGGGUCACCUAUUGUGGACAGGUUUCAGUAGAACUUCCAGACUAAGGCAGACUGGGAAGAAAGGCCUAGCAAGCUACUUCUAAAAAUCGGCCGAUGAAAACAUGAUGGAGAGCAGAAUAUGGUUCUGGAUCUUUAACUCGCUUACUUUGAUUGCAUCAUCAGAAGGGACAAAUCACUGGAAAGACAUCAUGUUUUAUAAAGCUGAGGAACAGCAAAGGCCAGGGAAACCUUCAAGGAGAUGGAUUGACAACAGCCAUUACAAUGAACACAAACAUACCAAAAAUUGUGAAGGUGGCACAAGAUCAAGGAGGAUUUCAUUUGGUUAUACAUGGGGUCCAAUUAGUUGGUGUUGACUCAGUAGCAACUAACAGCAACAAAUACAAUGCCUGCCCCCUAAGAAGUAUUCAAUGUGCUCAGUGAAUGUGAGCCAACACAGCUUUAUUCAAGGUCUGGCUUUCUCAUUCUGCUCCUUUCUUUUCUUUCCUGCUACUUUCACAUAUUAGAAGCACUUGCCUCAGCACUUAGCCUAGCAGAGUGCCUUUAACUGUUAACCCCAUUUGGAAGUGCCUCAGUAGAAGAGCAAUUCUGUACCCAAUGCCAAGCCUCCUCCUAGGUUGCAACCAAUGACUCAUCAACACACCUUUUAAAGGCCUGACCCUCUUGCUCUAACUAGGAUAACUCAAAAGGGCCACUUCAGUUCCAGAGCUCACUGCAGGCUCACUAGAGGCUAAUCUUCAGACUGCAUCCCAACUCAAUUUAUUCCUCUGCCCAAUCCUUCUCCCUUCCUUUCUCUUUCACACGUGCUGAUCCAAGGUGUACUCCCUAAGAAAUCUUUGGCAUCCUAAUCUUCUUCCCAGGAAACCUAGCCUGAUGCACUAAGAAAAGCAUCACUGGAGGAGGUGAAGCCAAGAUGAUGGAGUAGUCAGAUACUUCGUGUGGUCCCUCUUCAACAAAGACACACACACACACACACACACAAAAGUAAAGUGAAUAUAUAUGAAAAUCUAAGAGUCCUGAACA